CACAGGAUAAUACAAGGGACGUGCUAAACUGGCUAUCAAUAGGAGAAAUAGGCCAUAGAUUUUGCAAAACAACUUAACAUUCUCCUGUUUGUUUGUUUGUUUUUUUUCUUUUUAUUUUAAUAAUUGGUUUCCACCGAAAUUCGAAUUCUAAACCUAUUAAAAGCGGCUGAUUAACAUUCUUCUGAUUAACGUUUUAGGGUUUAGAUUACAAUGGAAGCAAGGAGUCUUAUAUCUCGCAGUUCAAUCGCCCUUUGCUCCCUAUGGCCUUCAGGUCACCCACAGUAAUUCCAGGCAACGGCGCUACCCAUCAGCUGAUCAAGACUGACCGAUCCAUGCUAGCUCUUUCCGACGAGACUUCAGUGAUGAAGCAAAUUCAGGCAACUCAUUGCCCUGAUGGCCGCGAGUUCGAUGUCAGACCUCUCCUUGACAUUGUUGAAGACAUCCUGAAACGUGCUACCCUUCAAGUUGAGACCACAUUGACGCCAACCGCGUCUCAUGCAGAGUCAGAUGACAAGAAUCGUUGCAAUUUCAUUUCCAAGCUUGAAACACUGUCGUUUGUUAUUGACAGAAUUUGUUGCGAGAUUUGCUACAACUCUCUGGGUGGAUCAGACGCCCAUGCCAUAACUCUCUCAAUAUUCAGCAUGCUAUCGAACUACUCCUGGGAUGCUAAGCUGGUGCUCACCAUGGCAGCCUUUGCUUCAAAUUAUGGAGAAUUCUGGCUGCUUGCCCAGAUUUACUCCUCAAACCAACUUGCCAAAUCAGUGGCAAUCCUCAAACAGUUGCCUAUUAUACUGGAACACUCAGGCCUAUUGAGGCCUCGAUUUGAAGCACUUAAUCAUCUGAUCAGGAUCAUGUUGGAGGUGACUGGUUGCAUAGUUGAGUUCAGGGAAUUACCAUCUACAUAUAUUUCCCCAGACAUGCCUGCUUUGUCCACAGCCACCUCUCUCACCCCAACUGCUGUUUACUGGACCAUAAGGAGUAUUGUGGCUUGUGCAACUCAGAUCAGCAGUCUCACCACCAUGGGACAUGAGUUUGCUACCACUGAAGCAUGGGAACUAUCCACCUUGGCUCACAAACUUCGUAACAUAGACGAGCAUCUAAAAAAGCAGCUCUCUAUUUGUUACCAACACAUAGAGGAGAAGAGAACUGUUGAAGCCUAUCAAGUGCUUGUGACUCUUUUUGAAACAAUCCAUAUUGACAACAUCAAGAUCCUGAAGACCCUGAUUUAUAGCAAGGAUGACGUCCCACCACUUGUUGAGGGCUCGACCAAGAAAAGGGUUAAAGUUGAGGUGCUGAUGAAGAAGAAUGUGCUAUUGCUCGUUUCGGGGCUAGACAUUUCCCAAGACGAGCUUUCGAUUCUUGAACAGAUUUACAAGGAGUCCAGGCUCCACCCCACCAGGGCGGAGGUUCAGUAUGAGGUGGUUUGGGUCCCAAUUGUGGACCAUACAGUGCCCUGGACCGAGUGUAUGCAAAAGCAAUUUGAAUCCCUGCAGGAUACGAUGCCAUGGUACGUGGUGCACCACCCAUCAAUGAUCGAUAAAGUGGUCAUUAAAUUCGUCAAGGAGGUAUGGCACUACAGGAGCAGGCCUAUACUGGUGGUGCUCGACUCUCAGGGAAGAGUUGUCUGCCCUAAUGCACUGCACAUGAUGUGGAUUUGGGGAAGCCACGCUUUCCCUUUCACUAGCUUGAGAGAAGAAUCCCUCUGGAAGGAAGAAACAUGGAAGCUCGAGCUUCUGGUUGAUGGCAUUGACAAAAAUAUUAUGAACUGGAUUAAUGAAGAAAGGUAUAUAUUAUUGUAUGGAGGUGACGAUAUCGAGUGGGUGAGGAAGUUCACCAGCACGGCAAGAUCAGUUGCACUGGAAGCAAGCAUACCACUGGAGCUGGUGUACGUAGGGAAGAGCAGCAAGAGGGAGAAAGUUCAGCGAGUCAUAGCAACAAUCAUCGAGGAGAAGCUGAGCUACGUGUGGGAGGACUUAACCAUGAUCUGGUUCUUCUGGACAAGGCUUGAAAGCAUGUUGUACUCCAAGCUUCAACUCGGCAAGAUCGAUGAAGAAGAUUCUACGAUGCUAGAAAUUAAGAAACUGCUUAGCUACGACAAAGAAGGUGGAUGGGCCGUGUUCGCUAAAGGAUCUGACAUUGUGGUUAAUGGGCACAGCUCCGCAGUUUUGCCGACAUUGACAGAGUAUGAAGUCUGGAAGGAGCAAAUUGAAAUUAAAGGCUUUGAGUUGUCGUUCAAAGAACACCAUGAAAAGAUUCAUUGUCUUUCUCAUACUUGCUGCCGUUUUGAGUUCUCUAAAAGCGCCAGUAGGAUCCCUGAGCAGCUCAGAUGCCCUGAGUGCCACCGAGUCAUGGAGAAAUAUAUCAGUUUCCUCUGUUGCCAUGAGGACUAGGGCGUUGAAGUUGCAGACUUACCAUGAUAAACAUAAUAUUGAACUUGCAGCUAUAAUAUAGAUAUUGAGUUCCUUGCUCGUUGUAAUCAUUUUUUUUUUUUUUUUCAUUUUCCCACAACGUUUGGUACUUUUGAUUUCCAAGUUUGUUUCUGGUAAUAUGGCAAUGGCCGCCAAGAGAGUUGUAAGUUGCUAGUUUGAAUCCAUAAAUAAGAGUUUGAGAGUUUCUAUAUAAUCAUCA